UGGCGCCUUUCCCCCCCCGGGAAGACAGGCGCGCAUUUGGCUCGGUGGACCCGCGGCGGGGAGUUGGCCGUUGCAGCCGAGCGAGCGGCCGCAGGAAAAGAAGAAAUGAAAAAAAAUCCGAAAAGUCUAACUUAAAAAUAAUCGUGAUUCUGCACUGAAAUCGUACUGGACGUCGUCCGCGCCGAUGGAUCCGGGGGUCAGGCGAGCAGUAAGGGUGACCCGGCUGACGCUUGGGCUGUUUGGAUCGGGAAUAUUGCUUUUGUGUUGCAGAGCAGAAUCAUUGACUCCCCUUACCGUGACAGGAAUUGUUGGAGAAAGUUCUCUUCUGCCUUGCAUGAACACCGAGUUGGGAAAAAAAGUCAAUAAUGAGAUACGUGUUUACUGGCAAGUGGCGUCCCAGUGCAUUUAUGCCUUUUACUCAGGUCAGGAACAUCCCGACCAGAACUACAGCCACAGAGCAAAGCUAUUUUCCACAGAAUUUAAACAAGGUAACUUCUCCCUCCUUCUGACUGACCUCCAAGUGAGUGACGAAGCCAAGUACAUCUGCCUCAUUCAGUUGAAAACGCUGUCUUUGAAUUACGACGUGGUACUAAAAGUUACAGUUACAUUGCAAAUAGCAGCCCACUACAAAGACCCUGAACUGACCGUAGAGGGAGAACAGAAUGAAGGGGAGCCCAUGAGGCUGACUUGCUCCUCAUGCGGAGGUUAUCCAGAACCAACUGUACACUGGACCAGUGGCUUCCUGGACAUCGAUGAAAACAGUACGGCCAAGGUUUACACUAAUUGUUCUCCUGAGCACCUCUGCAAUAUUACCUCCACUCUGAGGAUCCAGAGCCCAGUUAACAACGUUACCUGUAAAAUAUACAACGCUAAGCUGAAGGAGAAUAAAACUGCAACGUAUUUCAGGAAAGAACCCUUGGAUACUGAUAAAAAUGCCAUAGUUUCUGAGAGUGUAACACAUCAUAGAUGGACGAUACCGAUGGUUAUUGUUGUGGUUAUAUUGGUGCUCCUGGCAGUUUACAUUGUCAGGAGACAUUUCAGCAAGUCUCCAAGUGCAGAUGACGUGCCUGCCCAGAAAGGUGAGCUGGCUUCGUUUGUUAGCUUGGAUCCUGCCGUUUGAGCCCAAUGUCACGAAAGGGAGACUCAGAGAUGUGCUGCAAAUCGGCUGUUAAACUUGGAGGAGAACAUUUGUGGCUAUGGAGUAGUGCACAUUCUGCCAUGUUGUGAAUUACUUUGUGUACAUUUGCUCUCAUUAACGAUACUUUCCACAGGGAUCUGGGUCAAUGUGAAAUGCUCCACACUCCACGUUACCUCCAGAAAGGAGGCACUUUUUCAUUGCUGACCAUGUAGGACUGUCUAGCUGGAUCUGAUCAGAUGAAAACACAGAUGGUGUAGGACUGGCCAUUAUCCACCACCUCACUCCAGCAGAGUCAGUAACAAGACGGCCAAAGAGUCCAUGUAGUAUAUCUUAUUUUAUUUUAUGUUUACUCUUCUCAUAAGAAAACACAAGUCUCAUUGUACUGUACAUCUAGCUAAACUCCAAUAACUAUGCCUCGUUUACAUGAAAAAUAUUAACAAAAAUAUAUUUCUGAACAUUUACAAACUAUAUAGAUAAAUUCCUUGGGUUUGCAUGAGUAACUUUUAAAAACUUUAAAAAACCCAGAGGAAAUGUCUCUUUUCCUGACACAUUUUAGAUUUCCAGACCCAUUCCUUGUUCUGUGGGCAUUUAUCAACAAGCUUUGAAUUGUCUGCCCAGUGAAGGGAUUGGGGCAGAUUUUCUGCUAACUGCCCACAUGGAUGGAAGUAUCAUUUGUAUCGAUUGACCCACCUGAGAGGAAAAUGGGACAAUAAGUUCUGCAUCCUAAUUCUGGACUCCACAAGGCACUGGUCAUAUCCUCAAUAAAGGUUGUUCUCAAACAGCAUUGGGCCCCGGAGUAUUUGAGUAUAGUCCAUUUCCAGCACUGUUAUCGGCAGCAACGACACACCUUUCAGGGUAGUGUCUGGGCAAAUGACACAAAGGUAGGUGGUGGAGGAGCAGCUGGUGCUCAGGAAACAGGGAGUAUACAGAAGGGCUUGGAUGGAUUGGGAGACUGGCCAAAGAAGUGUUUGAUCAUACACUUUGAUAGAAGGAAUAAAAGCACAGACUAUUUUCUAAACGGGGAGACAAUUCAAAAAUCAGAGCUACGAAGAGACUUGGGAGUCCUUGUGCAGGAUUCCCUAAAGGUUAACUUGCACGUUGAAUCGUUGGUAGGGAAGAUAAAUGCAAUAUUAGCAUUCAUUUCAAGAGAACUAGAAUAUAAGAGCAAGGGUGUGAUUCUGAGGCUUUAUAAGGCAUUGGUCAGAUCACAUUUGGAGUACUGAGAGAAGUUUUCGACCCCUUAUCUAAGAAAAGGUGUGCUGGCGUUGGACAGGGUCCAGCGGAGGUUCAUGGGAAUGAUUCUGAGAAUAAAAGGGUUAAUGUAUGAGGAGUGUUUGAUGACUCUGGGCCUGGACUCACUGGAGUUUAGAAGAAUGAGGGGGAGUCUUAUUGAAACCUAUUGACUAUUGAAAGGCCUAGAUAGAGUGGAUGUGGAGAGGAAGUUUCCUAUAGUGGGGGAGUUUAGGACCAGAGGGUACAGCCUCAGAAUAGAGAGACAUCAUUUGGAACAGAGAUAAGGAGGAAUUCCUUUAGCCAGAUGGUGGUGAAUCUGUGAAAUUCAUUGCCACAAACGGCUGUGGAGGCCGGUUCAUUGAAUAUAUUUAAAGUGGAGGUUGAUGGGUUCUUGCUUACUCUGCAUCAAAGGUUACAGGCAAAAGGCAGGAAAAUGGGGUCCAGAUGGACAACCAAUUAGCCAUGGUGAAAUGGGGGAGCAGACUCAAUGGGCCAAGUGGCCUAAUUCUGCUCCUAUGUCUUAUCGUCGAUCGAGAAUCAUUAUUGGCUGAUCAUUCAUUCACUAGCCUGGGGACAGUGGGAUGUAAGGGGAGGGAGGUGCCCAGGCUGGGCGUGAAAUCAGAAACCUCGCUGAGCUGAAUGAAUCACUUCACCUAGUGACUGACCUGACUAGAGAUCUUUUCCUUUCUCUGGAGUAACUUAAUUAUUAGACUAACCUUCUUCCAUUUCCUUAAGUCUGCAAAGUAAUGGUUUCUUCUAAACUACUGGGCGGCAGUAGUGCAGCGACAGUGAUCCUGGCCUCAGUCACUGUUGUGUGGAGUUUCCAUGUACCCGGUUUCCCCCGUAGCUGCUUCAGUUUCUUCCCACAUCGUAGAACUGUGCUGAGUGGCAGCUUUGGUGACUGGAAACUGCACCCAGUGCAGGUGAGAAGUCACUGGGUUGAGAAGAAUGGGUUGGUCGGAAAGCUGGCAAAGACUCUAAGGGCUGAAUGGCCUGUGUUGUGCGAACGUAUGAAAUAUGGGGCAGAUGAUGAAAACUAAAAGACAAUACAGUACAUAUUUUCUGUUCAGCUGGCAUCUGUUAGCAAACGUUGGUUGUAUCUUCCAUUAGACAACUGAGGCAGCCUUCAGUUGGAAUAAAUAUAUCCAGUUUCUGACGAGUUUUCUGGUUCCUUGCCUGACUUAACUUUUGAGCAGAAGCAAAGGGCAUCUUCAGCCAUAAAUAAACCCUGCAAAGCAUUGCUCUAACCUCCAUCA